CAGUUCAAAAGCACGAGAGAGAUAAGACACAGAUCGUACUACGAGAGCAAUUUUGAUUUUUUUUUGGUUGUUCUCUCAUGCUCUCUGCAAAUCGUAGACAGUGACACACCAUACGAACGAUCUCUCAGAAGCUCAAUCAAAACCCUAACUUCCUCUCUAAAUCUUCGCAUUUCAUGUUCUCGUCCAUGGAUUCAUCAAUUUUGCCCUAGAAUUUGAUGCAAGAUUGAUCGCGGACUCUGUACCUGUUCGUCGUUGUCUCGGACCUGUGUUUGUAGCUGCAAAAGCGCUAAAUUGACUUGCUUGUUCUGAUUUCGAUUUCGCUGCCUCGACUUCUUGUCAUUUUUGGCCGAUGGUUUGAGGAAUUAUUGAGGUGUUGGUGGAAUUGAAUCAUGGGUAGUAGUGAGAUGGAUAAACCUACAAAGGAGGCGAAGGAGGCAAAGGAGUCGAAAACGCCUACUAUGCAGGAACAGUCUUCAUCUACACCCACUGGCGCUGCUAAUCCUGAGUGGUCUGGUUUUCAGGCAUAUUCUCCUAUGCAUCCACAUGGGUUCUUGGCAUCGAGCCCUCAAGCUCACCCCUACAUGUGGGGAGUUCAGGUCAAACUGUUCCGUGACCAGUCGUUCGGUUCUUACUCCGACGAGACGAAUUCCGGUAACCAAUCGGCGAUUGAUUUCGAUUAUGCACACUACAUGCUGACUAUAGGGCGGAAAGGCAAAGGUGGCUGCACUGCAAGUGAUGAAGCCGCCACCAUGGAAGACUCACAAAUGAAGUCAGGAUCCAGGCAAGAUUCUUUCGAAGCUGAAGCAUCUCAGAAUGGUGGAACUAUGCAUGGUUCUCAGAAUGGAGGACCAAAUACACCUCCAAUGAUGGUGAACCAAACAAUGCCCAUCAUGCCAGUGGCAGCAGCAGGUGCUCCAGGUGUACCUGGUCCCACCACAAACUUAAAUAUUGGUAUGGACUACUGGGGUGCUGCAACUUCUUCCACUCUUCCUGCACUGCAUGGGAAGGCACCUCCUACUCCAGUUGCAGGAGGAAUGGUCACUGCUGGAUCACGGGACAGUGUUCAGUCACAGCUUUGGCUACAGGAUGAAAGAGAGCUUAAAAGACAGAGAAGGAAGCAGUCCAACAGGGAAUCUGCUCGUCGAUCCAGGUUGCGAAAGCAGGCGGAAUGUGACGAACUGGCCCAACGUGCUGAAGCUUUGAAAGAAGAAAAUGCCUCUCUUAGAUCAGAACUAAAUCGCAUCAGGACUGAGUAUGAUCAGCUUCUCGCCCAGAAUGCAUCUCUGAAGGAGAGACUCGGGGAGGGCCCUGGAGAAGACGAUGCUAGGUCUGGUAGGAAUGACCAACAUGUUGGCAAUGGCACACAACAGACUGGGCAAACAUAAAUUGCGCAGAGCGGUCAAUGAAGUUCCAGCUGGCCUUGCUGCAGAGAACAAUUUCUAGGGGUUCACGGUAACCAAAUUAGUAAUAGGUUUAUCCUUAUUUUACACAGUAAAUGUCUAUCAAAAUUUGUUAAACCCUGACUUUUUAGUCUCAGGUAAUCUGUUUAUCUAAUGUAUUAUCCAUCGUGCCUGGUUCGACCAAUCUUUUAAGGUCAAAGACCCCCAGAUGGUAUGUAGAGAGUCUGAUGAAAUCUUAUGUUCUGUGAAAAAGUGUAGUAUUAGUCAUUUUAUCUUUGGAAAAAAUGUAUUAAAUAUGGUUGAUGAAUAUGCUACACUGAGAAUUAAUUAAUAAACUUGAUUAUGCUGUAUUUUGUAUGAAUAUUUUGUUCUGGUGAAUUA